AAACUAUAUACUAUACACUUUUAUUAUUCUUUUUAACUUUCUACACUGUACUCAUUGUAGAGAGAGAAAAAUGGUAGAUGCAGCUCACACAUCUCCACAUCUACUGAGGUUUUAGGAUAUCCAAGCGAAAGUGAAUCCCAACUCCAUCGAGAGCCACAAAACCAGAAUUCUGAGUCACUCAACAAAGAAGAAAAAGGCCAAAUCUUUUGAGCUUUAGAUGAAGCAAAAAGCAGAAGAAAAAGGCCAAAGAAUCUACACCAAAUCUUGAUCUCUCCCGUGUACCCUUUGAGCAUUGGAGGGUUUUGAUUCCUCAACUCCAGAGUUAUGAAAUGGAUUUUUCUACUAAACUCAAGUUAUUUCCUUUUUUGCUGGUUUUGUUCACAUGUUUUGAGGCACCCCAUGUUGCAGAAUCUGCUUCUGAUUACUCCACUUUGGUCUACAAGGGUUGUUCCAAGGAUUCUUUCACAGAUCCAAAUGGGGUGUACUCGCAGGCUCUCUCUGCACUCUUCGGCUCAUUGGUUUCACAAUCCACCAAAACCAAGUUCUACAAGGCCACUUCUGGUUCUGCCCAGAACACCAUAACCGGUCUCUUCCAAUGCAGAGGGGAUCUCACCAACUCCGACUGCUACAACUGUGUCAGCAGGCUCCCAGUUUUGUGUGACAAACUUUGCGGCAAAACCACCGCUGCAAGGGUCCAACUACUAGGUUGCUAUGUUCUGUACGAGGUUGCUGGGUUCUCCCAAAUCUCAGGUAUGCAGAUGCUGUACAAGACUUGUGGGGCAACAAAUGCUGCUGGAAGAGGGUUUGAGGAGAGAAGGGACACUGCAUUCUCUGUGAUGGAAAAUGGUGUUGUCAGUGGCCAUGGCUUCUACACCACCAGCUACCAGUCUUUGUAUGUGAUGGGGCAGUGUGAGGGAGAUGUUGGUGACUCUGAUUGUGGGGAGUGUGUGAAAAAUGCUGUGCAGAGAGCUCAGGUUGAAUGUGGAAGCUCUAUUUCAGGACAAGUUUUUCUUCACAAAUGCUUCAUCAGUUAUAGCUAUUACCCCAAUGGGGUUCCUUCUAGAUCAUCUUCUUCAUCAGCUUCAUUCUCUUCAUCUUCUUCAGGGCAAAAUCCAGGGAAAACUGCUGCUAUAAUAUUAGGAGGAGUAGCUGCGGUGGCUUUUGUGGUUAUAUUUUUGUUAUUUGCUAGAAGUUUGAAGAAGAAACAUGAUGAUUAUUGACAGAAGAAUAUGAUUUCUGAGAAGGCAAAACUAUUCAUUUUGGUGCGCUGUUUUUGCAUUAUUAGUUGAUGAUGAAGGGUGAAAAAGUUUGUGGUAAAUAGAACAUGCUUGAUACAGAAACAAUACAUAAUGGUUCACUGUAAUAGUUGUUGUAGUAAGAUAAUAUUUUUGUUGUUGGGAAGAGCAAUGUGAUUAGAACAUGAAAGUUAGAUUCUUUUUCACAAGGGUGUAAGUGUAAAUUACCCAACUGAAUGAAUGAAUGAAUGAAUGUUUGUCAUUCCAAGUGGAUGAAAA